UAGCAACCAAAAAUUGAUCUUUGGAAUUCCCUUUUUUUGACAUUUCCGUUUCUGCUGUAGCCUCUACAAAUUGUCCACGUCGACCAAGGGGGGUUUGUUAAAAGAAAAAAUAAACAAACCAAUUUGACUCUUGGGAAAAACGAUGGUUCGUGUUUGAGCUGGUCAUAGUCCUUUGUAUACAAUAACAGUAUACAAUUUAAGUGAUAAAACAUCAUCUUAGUUGACUGUUGAUGAAAUCAAUUACAAGAAAGCACCAUGGCUUACCACACAUUACGCCAAGAGUAUAUGUUGAUGCCUCCAGUAACUCGGGCAUACACCACUGUUUGCUUGCUCACUUCAAUUGCAGUGCAACUGGAUGUGGUGUCACCUUUUCAACUGUAUUUCAAUCCUUUGCUCAUCACUCAAAAGUUUGAGAUAUGGAGGCUACUGACUCCAUUCUUCUUUUUUGGGACAUUCAGCUUCAAUUUUCUGUUCAACAUGAUUUUUACCUAUCGCUAUUGUAGAAUGUUGGAGGAGGGUUCAUUCAGAGGUAGAACAGCUGAUUUUGUUUACAUGUUCAUAUUUGGCUGCAUCACAACAGUGAUAUGUGCUUGGUUUGUAAAUUUAUUGUUCCUUGGACAUUCGCUCACCACGAUGUUCGUCUAUAUUUGGGCUCGGAGAAAUCCUUACGUUAGGAUGAAUUUCUUCGGCCUUCUACCUUUUCGAGCCCCAUAUUUGCCUUGGGUUCUCGUGGCUUUUUCAGUUCUUUUAGGCAAUAGCGUAUUGGUGGACAUUCUCGGGAUCGCCAUCGGUCACUUGUAUUUCUUCCUGGAAGAUGUGUUUCCUAAUCAGCCUGGAGGCAGAAGACUCUUGGCCACGCCUCGUUUACUGAAACUUUUGUUCGACACGCACACUGAAGACCCUCUUUACAAUCCGGCUCCUGACGAGCGUCCUGGGGGUUUCGAUUGGGGCGGUGCUGGUGCUCCGGGAGUGGCAGACGCAGUCGCCGACCAGCCGAGAGAAAACGAAAAUCAGUGAGGAAAAGAAAGAAAAAAAAGAGAAACAAACACAAUCGUCUUUUUGAAAAAUUACUAAAUGGCAAAAGAAAAUACAUGGAAAUUUGUUUAAUAUACAGUUGUCGAUGUUCGCCCUCAUUAUUCCUUCUACACAGUGGCCCGGUUUUCUUUCGCUUACCAAUGACCGACUAGCAUUGACAUACUGCUUUGUUGCAACGUUUACAAAUAUCCAGCGCUUUCCCCUUUCUCCUUUUAUGGCCAUCUUUUAACCGUGUCAAGUUUACACGCAAUCAACCGUACUCGUAGUGUCCAUAGUGCAGUUCUUCGCCCAUCCAACUCGAACAUUUUGGGAACACACAAUCAAAAUCGGAGCGCACUAGAUAAUGAAUUAAUAUUCUAUUGAUGUGAAUAAACAAGACUAUUCCCUUUUUCGCUAGCUCAGAGAUGAAGGGGAGGCGGACCGACCAUAAGUCAAUCUGAGAUAACCGAUUGCGAAUUCUAGUGAAAAGGUUCUUUGAACGUCCAAGUUUGCACCGAGCGCACAGCGAUUUUGUUUCAAGCCAACAAAUAGGAAGGAGCAGUUGUCAACCUUGAAAAUGAUACAUUCCCAUCUGAAGCAUAAAUGUCCAAAAAACUCGAUUGCAUUACGACGCCUUGUUUGUAGUGAAUGCGCCAAAGAUUUCCAAAUACACAACUUGAAGGUCGCAAA